AUGUUGACUGAAAUCAAGAACAAGGAGAUUGACACCCCCACUAAGGUCCAUGACGAGUUCGAUUUAUAUGAGCUGUUUGCCAAAAUGAUCAAGCAAAGGCAGGAAUCUGCCAAGGAGUACAUGAAGGUUGGAAACCCAGACCGUUUCCAUCAAGUUGGAUUGAACGAGUUGAGAGAGGUUGACUACAUUAAGAAAUACAUAGACGCUUUGCCUGUUGCAACGGAUGCCGAAAUCGACGCCAGAGUUGAGAAAGCUGCCAAACUUGCACUGGAAGAGGGCGCCAAGUUAGAGAAAAUUUCCGACCUGAUGGCCAAGAUCCCUUGGAAAUCCAUCAAUAGCGAUUGGAGGGCCUCCAAAACUGCUGUCUCUGCCAGUGUCCAAAGAGUCUUCAAGGACUUGUAA